GCACCGAUCUCGGAAGGCACUACGUCGCUGAUUUGUUGCUUUCCCUCAACGCAACAAGUCACACACCAACCCGGGUCGACGCCCCGCAAGCUAGCACGACAAAGAAGAUCAUACAAUACCGAAUAUGUGCAAGGUUCUUUGUCUCCGGUACGAAUGCGGCCACAUGUACGAAUUCUGCCUGAGCAAGUGCCGUGGCGCGUUCUCGGGCACCAGCAGAAGGACAGGGCUACCUUCCAAGAACUGUCGCUUGAAUCCCUUUUUACGUCGGGGUUUGUCAUCUCUCUGCGGCGCGUGCGUCCAGCGCGAUAAGCUACUCGAAUGCGAUGAACGCGAGGAGCUCGCCGAGGCUGAAGUACGGCGCUUCCGUGACAAGCUAGACGACCCGAAGUGCGACCGGAGAACUAUCGACGAGGAUCACUCGAGGCUGAAGCAAGCUCAGGAAUCUGCUCGUCGGGUACGCUAUGACAAUUACGAUAUCAUGGAUGCAGCCGCCAGGGAGUUUCCAUUCAGGCCGAAGCGGGUGCCCACAUCACCGCCGCCUGCGCGCCGUCUGCGUGGCAGCUUACUCUGUCUUGAGAUUAAGCCCGAGGACAUUGGAGGAGAUUGCAAUUCGGUGGAGCAAUGAGCGGUUGGAUUAGGAAGCCUUAUCCACUCAAAUCCGACUUGUCAGCGGACAGGCAGGGAAAGGACAGACAGCGCAGAAAACCAGGGGACAAUCCUUGCCUAUCUGUGGAGA